UCUCAUAUAGUUGCGCUAAUAAAAUCUUUGUUACGAAGCUACAAAAUACUCAACCAUUAUCAAACAUUAGGCAAACUAAUUUAACGAGUUAGAUUACUUAAUCUCACGUCUCUGCACAUGAUUUUUCGCCUCCAAAACGAAGAUGCAACGUGGACCGUUAUAAAUGUGUGACCGCCAUGUUAGCACUCAAUGGUUCCCCGGUUGAACGGUCGCCGAACAGUCACAAAGCCACUGCAGUAAAACUCAAAGAGCAAAUCAACUGUUUCUCUUCUUUCUAUCUUACAGUCUUUUAGUCUUCACUACCGAUGUAAAGCCGCCAAUUGUUUCUGUUCAACCAUUGAUAACAUUUACAAUAAAAGACGAACCUUCCUAAUAACAGCAUUAUUUUUGCGCAAACUGUCUCAAAUUCAUUUGCUUACAUAUUUUCAAAUUAUUCGAUCGAUAAUCAUUAUUUGCCGCCAAGUUGAUUAAAUAAACAACUCCUUUUCUUCAACCGUCUACUCUUACUUCUUUUUUAAAACUCGGUUUGAAAAACAAAAGGUGUAGAUAUUUGCGAAGAUUCAACUUGACUACAUAUGAGCGCAGCAAUGAUAGUGAAAACGAUCAAGUCUCAGGAGAAAGGUGGGGGCUCUAGAGAGAACGUGUCCGCCCCUAUUGGGGGGAGUGGGGGGAGGGUGACUACUAAAUGGUACGACACCAAGCGGGGCUGUGUGUCCAUAGAGGUCUUCAUCAUCCUCCUCCUGAUAGGAGUGCUCUAUGCAUGCCACUUCAUGGCCAUCCGAUACAUGCCCCCCACCCCUCCACUGCAAUACGUCAACGUCACCACUCCUUGCGGAGUGUACAUUGGAAUACAACAGCAUAACAUGUACACAUUCAAAGGAAUUCGAUAUGCAGUUUUGAAAGCUGGUCUCGCAAACAACGAAAGUGCACAGCCAGUUUGGGGCAAUGCAGCAUGGUGCAACCCUCACGACGUUCACAAAAGCCUCAAUUUCGGCAAACCGUGUCUGCAGAUGUUGAGAACAGUAGCUGAAGACGGAUUUGCUACAGAUCAAGAAAUUCUCUAUGGCUGCAAAGAUUGUCUUUUCUCCAACAUAUUUGUACCCUCCAACAUCUUAAAUAUAAACACGUCUGGUACUGGGGUGAUUGUGUAUGUGCAUGGAGGAGAAAUGCGGCAAGGCAGUGGGCACCAGGAGGACAUUGUUCCCCUAUCUGCUAUCGCUGCUCGAUUUGUACAGGACAUGGGAGUUCUGUUGGUAACAUUCAACUACAGACUCAUCCUACAUCAAUCUCAAGGCCCAAUCAAACAAGCACAUGACGUUCUAUCUGGGAGUGGAGUUGCAGACCAGAUUGAAUUGCUGAGAUGGGUGAACAAGAUGAUUCCUUAUUUCGGGGGAAACAAAGAUAACGUUACACUUUUGGUCCACGACCACAAAGAUAGCCUCAUACAUCAAAUCGAGGAGAAAGCAGGAGGCUCGCUUUUCACUAGGGCCAUCGUACUUAGCCCAAUUAUAACUGAAACUUCUGAUUAUCCUAUCUCAACCACAUCCGAUCGAACAGCUACAAGAGAACUUUCACGAACAAAUGACCACGAACAGUUUGGUUCAAACUGCUCACAAGAGACCUGCGAAUGGAAACCAAGAGGAUCACUCGAAUCACAUUCAGGUGAUUGGUUUGAAGCUUCAAUGUGUUCACCUGAGUCACAAAAAAGUCACAAACUGCUUCUGGCAUCACCAGACUCUGAACUCCAAUAUAAAAAUCAAAACAAAAUCGACACACUUAUUUUGUUGCCGCGACAAUCUCUGGACUACUGUGUGCCUCCCGAGCUGCGUCUGGGACGCAUGGAUCUGUCCACUCUCAACGGACUCAUCAAAAACCUCCUCUGCAACAAACCGGGUGUGCAGAACUGCUCACAUGUGGCCAAGUUGGCUCUAGACAUCUACCUGGAAGACAAUCACGAUUCCUGUUUCUACGACAAAAUCUGGGCAAACAUUUUAUCCGAUAUGCAUCAUUUGUGUCCAGUUUUGAACAGAUUUUGUCCCACAAACAAAACUGAGUGCGAAAAAUUUGUGGUUAUACUGGAAAAAGAAGACACAAUGGCUUAUAAACCAAUGGCCAACAAAAAUUACUAUGCCUUCUACGCUUCGAAAAGAUGGGAUUUGAUAAGCUUAUUCGGUAUGCAUGAAAUAUACUUCAGAGAAGCGACAGACCUUGAUGUGAAGAAUACGGGCCAGCUAAAUGAGAGGUUGAAACAAUUCCUGAAUAAUUCAACUGAGGUAGAGAAAGACAAUCUGAUGCUACAAAAACUUCGCAAUUUAAGAUCAAAUUGUAAAUUCUGGCAAAAACUUCUUUCUGAAAAACAUUGAGCUUAAUCAUACAUUUUAGAUGCUUGCACAUUUCAA